AUGGUUGAAGAAUCUGUGAAACAAAUUACCGAGCAACUCGCUAAGGUUGAUCCUAACGUUAAAAAGGACCAAGUUAUUACUCCAUGGGAUGUUGAAGGUGCUGUCAAUGACAAAGGUGUCGCCCAAUCUAUCGACUACGACAAAUUGAUUUCCCAAUUUGGUACUAGAUCUGUCAAUCAAGAAACUUUGGACAGAUUUGAAAGAGUCACUGGUCAUAAACCACACCAUUUUCUACGUAAAGGUUAUUUUUUCAGUGAACGUGAUUUCAACAAGAUUCUAGAUUUAUAUGAACAAGGUAAACCAUUUUUCUUAUACACUGGUAGAGGUCCAUCCAGUGGUUCUAUGCAUAUGGGACAUAUGGUUCCUUUCUUAUUUACCAAAUGGUUACAAGAAGUAUUUGACGUGCCUUUAGUUAUUGAAUUGACCGAUGAUGAAAAAUUUUUGUUUAAGCAUAAAUUGACCAUUGAAGACGUUAAGAAGUUUGCCAAAGAAAACGCCAAAGAUAUUGUUGCUGUUGGUUUCAAGCCAGAGAAUACUUUUAUUUUCUCAGAUUUACAAUACAUGGGUGGUGGCUUCUAUGAAACUGUUGUCCGUGUCUCUAGACAAAUUACUGGGUCUACUGCCAAGGCUGUAUUUGGUUUCACUGAUUCAGAUUGUAUUGGGAAGUUCCAUUUUGCCUCCAUUCAAAUUGCUACUGCAUUCCCAAGUUCAUUCCCUGAAGUGUUAGGUCUACCUCCAAAAACUCCAUGUUUGAUUCCAUGUGCCAUUGAUCAAGAUCCAUAUUUCAGAGUCUGUAGAGAUGUCGCUGAAAAAUUGAAGUACAGCAAGCCAGCUUUGAUCCAUUCCAAAUUUUUCCCAGCUUUGCAAGGUUCUUCUACCAAGAUGUCUGCAUCUGAUGAUACAUCUGCUAUUUUUGUCACUGAUACUCCAAAACAAAUACAAAAGAAAAUUAACAAGUAUGCUUUCAGUGGUGGUAAGGUUACUUUGGAAGAACAUAGAAAAUACGGUGGUGAUCCAGAUAUCGAUGUUGCUUACCAAUAUUUGAAUUUCUUUAAAGAUGAUGAUGAAUUCCUAAAGGAUUGUUACAACAAAUAUAAAUCUGGUGAAUUAUUGUCAGGUGAAAUGAAAAAGCUCUGUAUUGAUGUGCUACAAGAGUUCGUCAAGGGAUUCCAAGAACGUAGAUCUAAGGUUGAUGAUGAAACUUUGGCUCAGUUUAUGACACCACACAAACUUGUCGGUGGCCAAAAGGAAAGAUUAGUUCCAGUUAAGCCAAAGGAACCUAAGGCUAAAAAAUAA